GGGACAAAACAACGAAAUGUGCAAUGGGUAAGAAUCUGGUGGCAGAUUUCAUGACAUAUUUCCCGGUGUAUAUCUGGACAGACACCAUACGGAAUUGCAGGAAACACAUCCUUAGACAUAUGAAAGUAUCCAACUUUGAGGAUGCCUUCAGAAAACUGAAGCUGAAACGGGCACGGGUCAGCCCCGUCAACAUUUUGUUGAAUUACGCUUACUACUAUGAACAUGAUCGUUAUGAUUGGCAUCUGGAUGUCAACAACGACUUGGAAGCCUACAACUCCAAACACCUUCAACCCGGUUUCGAAAUCAAACCCAAUGAUACCGUUCCAGAUGUUCGUGUCACGGUGCACGCAGGAAGGCACUUCUUAAAAACUCCUAAUCCGUUGCUGCAGGGAUAUUGUACUGUCAAGCGGUACAUUGGAACACCGCCUGCUUUCUGCAGAGAGUUUGAAAAUGUCACAAACUUUCAACUCUUCGAAUUUCUGGCGGAAAGAGGCGUCUCUUUCAACCACCUUGCAACUUGGUGCUCGCCUAAUAAUGGUGGGCGCGAAGACUGCAGCCGACGGAUUGAAGCACAUUAUAAGAAUGUUCGCAAAUAUUACACUUUGGGAUGGUACGAUCUAGAUUUGCAUCGGGUAUUAGCUGUUGAGAAAGAAGCAGCAAUGGAGAACAUAACCUGUCCCAAACUAUUUGACUUUAAAUGAUGGAGCGCGAAUGUCGCUGUUAAUGUAUUGUCUGAUUCUUUAAGCAAAAAAGCCGCCACGUAGCCAAUUAGGGGAUCUCUCUAACUCCUGAAAAUUUAUGUGAACAUUUCCCGUGAAAAUGGAUGGGACAAAACAAUGAAAUGUGCAAUCGGUAAGAAUCUGGUGGCAGAUUUCAUAACGUAUUUCCCUGUGUAUAUCUGGAGAGACACCAUACGGAACUUAUCUAUACCUUAAUUAUACUCUGCUAGUUUUUCUGAUGAUUGAUUGUUGGAUUACUAAUAAAGGUCAUUUUUUUGUUUACUAAGAAUAUGUUUAGAGUUCUUUUAUGAAAUAUUUUCUUCUUGAAA